AUGGUGGCUGACAUAUGGAUCCAUAGACGACGGGACUCACUGGACACGGUAGGUGCCCAUGGCGGCGCCGGCGCGCGCCCCUCCGCCGCCGACCACCGCGGCCUCCUGCUGGCCUUCCGCGCCAUGUUGCGGGAGGGUGUCGCGGCGGACAGCUUCACCUUCCCCUUAGUGCUCAAGGCGCUCGCCCAGGCGCGCCACCGCUCUCGGCCGUGGGCCGGGGCCAUCGCAGCGUUGGGUUGCCUCCACGCGCAUUUCACCAAGUCCGGCCACGGCGCCGACGUGUACGCCGCCUCCGCCCUCGUCCACGCCUACGUUUCCCAUGGCGACGCUGCCUCGCGCGCGGUUUUCGACGCCGCUCGCCUCCGGAACGUCGUCACAUGGACGGCGAUGAUCGCAGGGCACGCCGCGGCCGGUGAGGCGCGGGAGGCGGUCGCGCUGUUCAGGGAGGCCGUGGUGGGCGGCCAGGAGGUCAAUGCCAUCACCGUGUCGCAGGUGAUGGGCGCGUGCGCUCAGUGCCGCGACCUCGGGAGCGGGAGAUGGAUCCAUGCGGCGCUCCGUCGUUGGGGUAUCGAGCCAAUCUUGCUCGACAUCGCUCUUGCCACGGCUGUGCUCCAUAUGUGUGCAACUUGUGGUGGUCUUGACGAUGCCUUUGAAGUGUUCGACCAAAUGCCUCAAAGAAAUGAAGUGUCUUGGAAUGCAAUGGCUGGGGUAUGCAGUAGCCAUGGAAGGCAGGAUAAGGUUCUGGAGGUGUUUGCAGGUAUGCACUCCGAUGGGAUGAAGCCCGAUAAGGUGACAUGGUUGAGCAUAUUGCGCGCCUGUACAUCCAAGGGAGCGACGGCUUUAGGCCAAGGCGUGCACGCCUACAUGGAGAAGACAAUUGGUCAUAAACAUGUUGCAGUUUGCACAUCUCUCAUGGAAUUGUACUCUAAGACAGGCAAUGCACAAAGCGCGCUUCAGAUAUUUCAGUGUCUUGAAAGAAAGGAUUUGAUGGCAUGGACAAGGAUGAUCAUCGGCUUAGCUAAGCAUGGCCAUGGCAAGGAUGCUGUGCAGCUCUUCAACCAAAUGCAGUAUGGUGGUGUUGUUCCAGAUCAUGUUGCAUUUGUAGCUGUGCUUACUGCUUGCAGUCAUGCUGGCAUGGUGGACGAGGCCAGAAAGUACUUUGACUCCAUGUCAAACCAUUAUGGCAUCAGGCCAACAAUCAAACACUAUGGUUGUAUGAUUGAUCUCUUCAGCCGUGCUGGUCACCUGGCAAAGGCUGAGGGAAUGAUGCAAUUGAUGCCUAUUCGGCCCAAUGUCACUAUGUGGGGAAGCAUGAUGAAUGGCUGCAAGAUACAUGGCAGGGCUGAUAUAGCUGAGAGGUUAGGAAGGCAGGUCGUUGAGCUUAACCCACAGUUUGGUGCAACAUAUGUGAUCAUGUCCAAUAUAUGUGCAGAGGUUGGUUGGUGGCAUGCAGUGGAGAAAACCAGGGGAUUAAUGCGGCACACUGGAUUGAAGAAAAUUGUAGGGUCAAGUGGCACUGAAGUGCACAUGUUGUGCUCCUGAAUAUGAAUUUGUCCAGUGUCCAUGAAACUUGUUGAAGUGAAAGGACUAAAGGAGGACACUUUUUUGGACAACUUAUAGUAGAAAUUUGACAGCCAAGAAUGACUAGAGUACAGUUGUACCAAGUGUUCAGAUUAAUGUGUCUCUAUGUUACAUGGAGAGAUGGGAGGCGUUAUGGAUCCUGGAAAGGUGCUAAUGCAUUACUGUUACAUAGGAAUGGAGAAUAGUACAAGAAUAUAAUAUUAUCUUAAGCUUUAAUGGCGCAAGAACGAUUGUCUGAAUCUGCGAAGAUAAAGACAGACAGAAAGUGCUGAGUUUGAGAAGACGCAAGAACUGAAGUGCCGUUUCAGGCAUCGUGUCAAAGAAGUGCUAUGGACAUAUGAAGAGCACGAAGAGAAAGAAUGGCCUAUGGCACCGUUCGCAACUGACAUAGGACAGUAAAUUUUUCCUCUUUUUCUG